UCUAAGGAACCUCGGCCUCCGAAAGAGCCGGAGACAGACCCUUGAGGAAAGAAGUCCGGAUAAUCCCAGCCCGAGGCAAAGCGGCGGCGCUUUCCUGCCCGCGCUCCUGGAGACACCUUCCUCCCCGAGCAUUCCCUGGCGGUUUCAGAAGAGAAGGGGGACGCGAGGAGAGCGAGCGCGGCCGGCGGUGCACCAUGGGCCGGCGGUGCGCCCUGGCCCUCGCCGUGCUCUCGACCCUGCUGUGCCAGGUCUGGAGCUCCGGGGUGUUCGAGCUGAAGCUGCAGGAGUUCGUCAACAAGAAGGGGCUGCUGGGGAACCGCAACUGCUGCCGCGGGGGCGCGGGGCCGCCGCCGUGCGCCUGCAGGACUUUCUUCCGCGUGUGCCUCAAGCACUACCAGGCCAGCGUGUCCCCCGAGCCUCCCUGCACCUACGGCAGCGCCGUCACGCCGGUGCUGGGCGUCGACUCCUUCAGCCUCCCGGACGGCGCGGGCGCGGACUCCGCCUUCAGCAACCCCAUCCGCUUCCCCUUUGGCUUCACCUGGCCGGGAACCUUCUCUCUGAUCAUUGAAGCUCUCCACACUGAUUCUCCUGAUGACCUCGCAACAGGUAAAAACAAACCCCAAAACUCCCAAACUGUGCAAACUGCGUCUCCAGUUAUUAUGUAUUUGAGUUCAAAUCUCCCCAGAAGCAAACGUCUACAUCUUUCACUCUGCAAGUCACUCCGGAAGGCUGCGGAGAAGGGUCUUCAGCCUCCUUGCCUGGCACCCUUUACGCCUCCCUCGCUCCCCAAGCCUCUGGGUCCCCAGUCAGAACCAACAGAGCAUCCUCUUCCCGCAGAGAACCCAGAAAGGCUCAUCAGCCGCCUGGCCACGCAGAGGCACCUGACGGUGGGCGGGGAGUGGUCCCAGGACCUGCACAGCAGCGGCCGCACGGACCUCAAGUACUCCUACCGCUUCGUGUGCGACGAGCAUUACUACGGGGAAGGCUGCUCUGUCUUCUGUCGGCCCCGCGACGACGCCUUCGGCCACUUCGCCUGCGGGGAGAGAGGGGACAAAGUCUGCAGGCCCGGCUGGAGAGGCCACUACUGCGCCGAGCCCAUCUGCUUGCCGGGGUGUGAUGAGCAGCACGGGUUUUGUGACAAGCCAGGGGAAUGCAAGUGCAGAGUGGGCUGGCAGGGCCGGUACUGUGGCCAGUGCAUCCGCUACCCCGGCUGUCUCCACGGCACCUGCCAGCAGCCCUGGCAGUGCAACUGCCAGGAAGGCUGGGGGGGCCUUUUCUGCAACCAGGACCUGAACUACUGCACACACCACAAGCCCUGCAAGAACGGGGCCACCUGCACCAACACGGGCCAGGGAAGCUACACUUGCUCUUGCCGGCCUGGGUACACGGGGGCCAACUGCGAGACGGAGGUGGACGAGUGCAGUGCCAGCCCCUGCAGGAAUGGAGGGAGCUGCACGGACCUCGAGAACAGCUACUCCUGCACCUGCCCGCCUGGCUUCUACGGCAGGAUCUGCGAGCUGAGUGCCAUGGUGUGUGCUGACGGCCCCUGCUUCAACGGGGGACGGUGCUCGGACAACCCCAAGGGAGGGUACACCUGCCGCUGCCCUGGGGGCUUCUCUGGCUUUAACUGUGAGAAGAAAAUGGAUUCCUGCAGUUCCUCACCCUGUUCCAAUGGUGCACAGUGCGUAGACCUUGGCGAUGCUUACGUCUGCCGCUGCCAGGCCGGCUUCUCCGGGAGGCACUGCGAGGACAACGUGGACGACUGUGCCUCUUCCCCGUGCGCCAACGGCGGCACCUGCCGGGACGGCGUGAACGAGCACUCCUGCACCUGCCCCCCCGGCUACACGGGCAGGAACUGCAGCGCCCCCGUCAGCAGGUGUGAGCACGCGCCCUGCCACAACGGGGCCACCUGCCACGAGCGGGCCCUCCGCUACCUGUGCGAGUGCGCCCGAGGCUACGGGGGCCCCAACUGCCAGUUCCUGCUUCCCGAGCUGCCCCCGGGCCCCGUGGUGGUGGACCUCACCGAGAAGUACGUGGAGGGCCAAGCCGGCCCGUUCCCCUGGGUGGCCGUCGGCGCGGGCGUGGUCCUCGUCCUCACGUUGCUCCUGGGCUGCGCUGCCGCCGUGGUCUGCGUUCGGCUGAGGCUGCAGAAGCGCCGGCCCCCCGCCGAGCCCUGCCCGGGGGAGGCGGAGACCAUGAAUAACCUGGCCAACCGCCAGCGGGAGAAGGACAUCUCUGUCAGCGUCAUCGGGGCCACGCAGAUCAAGAACACCAACAAGAAGGUGGACCUCCACGCGGAGCCCGGCACCGAGAAGAACAGCCUCAAGGCUUGCGACCCCGCCGUGGGCUAUAACCUGCUGCAGGACCUCAAGGGUGCCGCUGCCCCCGGGGAACCCCACAGCAAGCGUGAUGCCAAGUGCCAGCCCCAGCCCCAGGGCUCCGCGGGGGAGGAGAAGAGUGCCCCGAGCCUCCGGGGCGGAGAAGCAGCUGAGAGAAAAAGGCCGGACUCUGCGUACUCCACUUCGAAAGACACAAAGUACCAGUCGGUGUACGUCAUAUCCGAGGAGAAGGACGAGUGUGUCAUCGCAACUGAGGUGUAAAGUGGAGGUGAUGUGGCGAAUUCCCGGUUCUCUUAGAAUGAGUGAACUUCCAAGGAUAUCUGCCCCGACGAUGCUGCUGAGCGGAGCGGAGGUGCUCGUGACUGCUGCUGGCAAGCCAGGCCGUCUUCCUGCCGAGGGGGCGGCCGGCAGGCGUUCCAGGCGCCUGUCGCACUGCCGUUUAGGACGUUUCCAUUGCACUAUGGACAGUUGCUUUUAAAAAAUAUAUAUUUAAAUGAAUGGACUUGAUCACUACAUAAGAAGCACGCACUGCUUGAAGUGUAUAUUUUGGAUUCUUAUGAGCCAGUCUUUUCUUGAAUUAGAAUCACAAACACUGCCUUUAUUGUCCUUUUUGAUACUAAAAUGUGUUUUUUCUAGGUGGAAAAAAAUGUGCGUUAUUUUUUGGAUUUGUAAAAAUAUUUUUCAUGAUAUCUGUAAAGCUUGAGUAUUUUGUGAUGUUCAUUUUUAUAAUUUAAAUUCUUGGUAAAUAUGUAC